UUUAAAACUCCAGGAAGUAAAUGUGGGUAAAAUUGCCGUGUAUGUGUCAGUUUUUUUUACUUUACUCCUUAAUUUAAUGUUGAUAUUUAAGAAGGCUUAAAAGAACGAAUAAAAAACAAUCAACAUACAAAUCAGGGAAGAGCGUUGGGACCUGUGAAGCAGCAUGACCACUUUGACCUACCGAAACAGGCGAAGUGAGGCAGUGGGCGGAAAUGACAGACAUACAGAGAAGGAAAAUGAAGAACAAUCUGGGAAUCUUGAUGGUCAGGUUGAAGAGGACAAAGAAGAUUCCAAGCACCUUCGUCUCACACUUAUGGAAGAAAUACUACUUUUGGGACUUAAAGACAAAGAGGGAUACACUUCUUUCUGGAACGACUGCAUCUCAUCAGGACUGCGAGGCUGUAUUCUUAUUGAGCUUGCCUUUAGGGGAAGGAUCCACCUUGAGCCAGCCACGUUAAGAAAGAAAAAAAUGUUGGAUCGCAAGGUUUUAUUAAAGUCAGAUGCCCCAACAGGAGAUGUUCUUCUGGAUGAAGCUCUCAAGCACAUCAAAGCUACCAGUCCUCCCGAGAAUGUGCAAAGUUGGAUUGAGUUUCUCACAGGUGAAACGUGGAACCCUCUGAAGUUACAUUAUCAGUUGCGUAAUGUUCGAGAGAGGCUAGCAAAGAAUUUAGUGGAGAAAGGCAUUCUGACCACAGAGAAGCAGAACUUUCUUCUGUUUGACAUGACUACUCACCCAGUCACCAAUACAACCGAAAAGCAACGUCUUGUGAAAAGGUUACAAGACAGCCUGCUGGAGCGCUGGGUGAAUGACGCUCAUCGCAUGGACAGACGUUUGCUGGCUCUUAUUGUCUUGGCUAAUGCUUCUGAUGUGCUGGAAAACAUCUUUUCAAAUCUUCCUGAUGACAAAUAUGAGGUAGCAGUAACCCGCUCGCGGGAACUGUUGGAUAGCAAUCCUGAUGAAGAGGGCAACAAGAACGUGGGUACAGAAAUGAUCUGGGCUGUUUUGGCAGCAUUUAAUCAGUCUUGACUUUCCUUAAAAUAAACCAAAGACUGUUUUGUUCACACUUUAGUUCCAGGAAGUGUAGACAUUGGCUGCUUACAUAAAUGGAAGAUGCAGCCCUUGAACACCUAGGGGUGCAGCACAAUAUGGUGCUGGGUGUCUGGGUGUGCUCUGGAAAGCCUUAAAUUCUACCAGUCUUAAAACUUGCCUUUCAACUCGGCCUCUUUGUCUGUCUCUUUUUUUUUACCAAACAUUUAAAACUAUGUGACUAUUUUGAUUGCACUUUAACUUACGGAAUUAUUUAGAGAAAAUGAAGGGAAGCUUGAGGUAUAAAAGCAUUGUAGAAAAUUUACCUUCUAUAUUAAAAGCUACUUUUGCAAGGAGAAUGUUCUGUUUAAUAGACCGCAUAGUUGUCCACUGUAAGACUCUGCUUGUUUCUGUAUAUUGUAACUUAUUUUGUUUCUUUGGACCAAAACACAAACUUGAAGCAAAUUUCUCUAGUAAAUAUUCUUAAAAGGCCAAAAAAGCCAAGUGUGAAAACAAAUGUUGAUGUAAAUGUGGUGCAUCCUUUGGGAUUUACCAAAUAUAAAUUCCAUUCCUUGAGUCUUUGUAUUGCAUUUGAAAACUCGCCUUGUGUUUUCUCCCCUUGACCUCUUUAUGUCUUCUGCAUUAAAUUAUGAGAAGGGCUCAAAUUAUUUCACCUAACACGACCUGAUGAAGGAACUGUGGCCCACUCACCUAAAGCUGGUACCCACACGUUGAUAUUUGUGACAUUCCUCUGAGUGUUCAUACAUUAGACUUGGUGAAGACUACUGACUGGCUCAGGGUGAACACUGGUGAGCUUCUUUGUUUGGCCUAGUGCAACAUUAGGUCAAUUUGUCAUUUAGUAAUGGUGCAUUCCUGUUUUUCUGAUUUACAUAUGCUUAAUACAUUAUUAAUAUCUUUUAUUCAUCUCCAAUGACCAGGAACUGCAUGUAUCAAGUCAAUCGGAGUGUAAUAUGAAGUAGGAUUUGCAACCAGUUACAUGACCAAAGUAGCCUUUUGAACUUCAGACCACAACCCACUCCAUCUGAAUUGACAAGUGCUAGUAGUGGUUAUAUAAUAUAUAAAGUUAUUUCCCUUGAUUUUAUUUAACUUGUUCUUUGAUCAUAAAAAUAUGGGCAUAUCUGAGCCUUUAUAUGGAAGGUUCAUAUUUAUUGCCUUUUCCAAAUGAUGUUGGCCUACUAGGUAAACAUUUUGAUGAUUGACACACACAAGUCUGCGGUGGGUUGGCACCCUGCCCAGGAUUGGUUCAUGCCUUGUGCCCUGUGUUGGCUGGAAUUGGCUCCAGCAGACCCCCGUGACCCUGUGUUCGGAUUCAGCGGGUUGGAAAAUGGAUGGAUGGACACACACAAGUUUGGGUUGCAGUGCAGUUAACGGAUACAAAGACCUGCACAUCAACUAGACUAAAUGUUCUAAAUUAACCCAGGGUGAAUAAGUGAGUGCCCUGCGAUGGACUGGCACCUCAUCCAGGAAUGCAGUGCUGCUGGCUCAGGCUUUGCCCCCAUGCUGGGAGAGGAUUUAUCUUAAAAGGGGUCAAGUGGUGCAGGGCAAACUUAAAUGAUGUAUUUUAAUACGUUUCCAUGUGUUAAUUUCUACUUUUGAUCUUCUGAUUGAAAGCACUUAUUUCAGCAAUUUAACUAAGGCACAACUUCUAUUUAGUAUUUUGAAAAUUAAACAUCCGAAAUAUCCAAAUGGAAAAGUAGCCCCGUGUCCCUCCCUCAGGCUCCGAUGCACCACAAGUGUCAUACUGUCGUGUGGCACUCAAAAUCUGCUGUCUGAAGAUUUGCCUAAGCAAUGUUUUCCCCCGAAAUGUCAUUUUAAUUAUUUGCCAUGUUGUCUUAAAUAAAAUUUAAAUGAAUAC